AUGUGAUUCAGAUCGAGAAUAUCGUUGUUUAAGUGGUCAUUGUAUACCAAAAGAAUUUUAUAUCGAUCAAUAUCGUGAUUGUCUAGAUCAUAGUGAUGAAUUAUUUGAACUCAAAGACCAACGAAUAUCUGAAUGUUACACGCUGACUAGCGUAGAAUCAUGUGAUGAUUAUGCAUGUUCAUCAUUAACAAAACAGUUUUCAUGUGGUGAUGGUCAUUGUCGUAACUUAUAUCAGGAUGUUGAUAAUGUUGAUCGCUACGAUCGUCUUUGUGGAAAUCAACAUGAUGUCUAUUAUAUACGUCAAACAUUCACUUCAUCAGACAAUACUGAUUGUACAAUCUAUUUCAUUUGUUUAUUCGGAAUCAAUCAAUAUCUUCAGGUCGAUGAACGGACGUGUGAUGAAAAUGAUACUUUAGCGCAACAGUGUCAUGAUGAAUUAUUCUAUUUUCCGUCACAACCAAUUGUAUUUGGAUACGUCUAUUUCUUGUACAAUAUAACACAAAAUAUUACAAAUAUGAAACCACAUUUUAUUUGUUACGACGAACAAUGGUGUCAACAUUUAAGUAGAUUAUCCUUAGUUACGAUUACAAAUGACACACGCAGAUGUAUUAAUGUCAAUAAACUCAAUUUAAAUUCAACUUACUAUAAAUGGUUUAAUCUUGUGCAGGAUGUUCAAAAUUUAUUUAAAUCAUGUUCAGGAGAAGGAAGAUCGUUUCUCGAUGGCACAACUAAAUGUAUCUCUCGGCAUCGUUUAUCAGAUGGUCAUGCUGAUUGUUCUAAUGAAGAAGAUGAACUUGAUUUUCAAACAUGCUCAAUGAAUUUACCGUAUCGCUUCAAAUGUGAUCAAAAUACAAAAUGUAUUCGACGAGAGCUGUUGAAAGACGGAAAAUAUCAAUGUGAUGAUUAUACGGAUGAAACAUC